GUACUCCUUAGGGCUUGAGGACUGCCUCACUGGCUCCUACAUUUGCUUAUAUUGCACUGCAAAUAUCGUGCCGCAUCCUCGAUACGGUGAAGUUGUUCUAGACAACGACAUCGCUCUCAUAAAGCUCUCCAGCCCUGUAGUCUUUAACCAAUCGUAUAUCGCCCCAGUGUGUCUUCCUGCCCUUGGCCAGAAGUUUGAUAAUGGCACCGCUAUUGUCACGGGAUGGGGCUCUAUAGAAUAUUACGGUGCGAACUCGGAUAAACUGAGGAUGGUCGAGUUGCCCCUCGUGCCACACGAAAUUUGCUCGAAAACGUACUCCCCUUAUGUGACUGAGAAUAUGAUCUGCGCUGAUGUCCUUUUGUUAUUAUCAUAA